AAGUCCGAAAGAACUAAUGGCAAUUCAAAACAUGGAGUGGACUAUUUUCGAAACCGUAACCGGAAAAACGAUGGUCGUGCGACCAAUGAUUCUAUUACAACUUGAUCAGAUAACGGAAUAUUUUAAAAAUUAUUAUAAAAUUGAAAAAGAAGCGACACUCGAAGAAUUUGUAACAAUAAUCAAAGGAAUUCAAAUUGAAUUAAUAUCUAAACAUGUACCGAAGAACAAAUAUAGUUUCAUAAAUCAGAUAAAACUGCUCGCAACUGAGCAACUAGCAGGCAGUUGGAUGGAGAAACUCAAUAAAUCAUUAAAAGGAGUCGAAGAAAAUUACGGUCCGGAAGAUUUCUUCUCGCCUCCGUUUACUCAAUUGUCUCGACCAUGCAAACAGCCAAAGAAGACGGUGAACGAUGAAUACGAUGGACCAAACAGAGACGAAACAAACAAUUUAAAAGAUUUUUUCGAGACAUAUGAUUCAGGGAUGACCAUCGAUGAAGCCAACAAGAUAGAAGACGAAAACAGUUGUUUUUCUCAAUAUUUGUUUUGAUAUAUAUAUAAUAUU